CCCAACUUUACUUUUUUAAAGCUGAGACUUUGUUCGUUUAUUCAAAGGAUUAUUUUGUUGAAAUAAAAUUAUUCAGUGAUUUUUCUGCUGCAAUAUUUGGCACAUGAACUCAUCCUUUAGUAGUGUGUUCGAUGUAGGUAAAAGUAAAGAAGAGGAAUUAACUUAUUUCAAUCGUAUUAUUACUGAAGCACAAGAAUGGCCGCAAUAAACAACAAUUUGCCAGGCAAGGCGGUGAUGGUGGUUAACGCUGGUGAACGAUCAAACCCUCCGUAUGGCUUCCGGUACCGCGAGGGCGCCCAAAAGGAUUGGGACAAUAUGUGUUCCGUACUCAACGAUCUUGGCUUUGAAAGGCUGAACAAAGAGAGAGAGCGAUCUUACAACGUGUCCUUGUCGCGAUGGGACCACACCAAGACAAGGGACGGUGUAGGACAUGCUCAAGGGAACACUCAUCCACCACAUGCCGAGAAUCCUCCCUCGGAAACGUGCUGUUUGAAAUGUCUCAUACAGCAUCAUGACUUCGGGCUCGCAAGUUCUUUUGCUUUCUACAUAAGUACACACGGAGUGCAGGAGAGGGGGGUCUUGUCAGUGCAGUUUCUGAGUGAUUAUGAAAACACCUAUGAUUCGAUCACGGUGAAGGAAAUUGUGCAGACGAUGAGUAGUAACCCCACUUUGAAAGCCAUACCGAAGAUACUUAUCGUUCAGGCGUGCAGGGAAGACGACAUGCACCUAGAUAUCCGAGAGGACAAAGGUGUGGUGGUGAAAGUAGCAGGUACGGUGGAUGCAAACACAGACACUCAGAACGGGCAGAGAAUGGAUGGAGACGAGGACAACGCGAUGCGAAUAAACCCCGGCGAAACCGGACCGCCCCCGCAGCUCCCGAAUAUAUUCCCUGAUCUACCAACGGUCGAUUUCAAAAUAUCGAGAGAUUUCCUCCUUCUGUUCCCGACAACGCCGUACCGCACUUCAAAGAGAAACACACAGGAAGGGUCAUGGUUUGAGUAUCACCUUAAGGAAGCUCUCGACGAACACACGGAGCCAGUGGUGGACUUUCUAGAGCUUAUUACGCUAACGUCCAACAAAGUCGCUGCUCGUUCAUCCGUGGUUUACAUGGGGGGGUGGAAGGAUGGUGAUGGUAGACGGAUUAAGAAUGAACAGCUUUCUGGAAUGAAGAACGCCGUGUGUGUGGAGCACCGUCUUUGUAAGCCGCUGGUCUUCCGGAAAGUCGCUGGAUCGGAGGAACACAUGGAAGCCGAGCCUGCAUAUUGAAUUGCCUUCGUUGGACUAAAAUUUAUCAUAUCUUUUGUAACAUUAGAAUUUUCUGUGAUUAUUAACUAUUAAUACGAGUUGUAAUACUUUUCUUCAUUAUUGCGAAUGUAUUCGGUUUUGUAUGGUUAUUAAUGUUGGAGUUUCUUUAAAAAUCAUUGUCUCGGAAGGAAUUAAAGUUAUAUUGUUGUUACCUAAUUGUAACCUGAAGUCCAACCCAUUUGUUCUGAUAUAUAUAUCAUAUGUGUGUGUACGUUAAAAAAGUAUUUAUUGAUUGCUUUAAGACUAAUUCAAUAAAUUUGGCGGUGUUUCGGCAUCGGAUGUUAACCUUUCUAUAGGGAAUGAUUUCUUUUGAAAAUCAGUUUCUGUGUAUCUUACACUCCAGUUUAUGAAAUAGGACAGUUAAUAUUAGUCGGAAUAAAUUGUAAAU